CCUCUGUUUUUCCCUGCGCCAGCACUUUCUUUGGUUUGGCUGUUUUUUUGCCCUCUCACUCCUGCACUUUGACCUAAAGGAAAUCCUGUGCCUCUUCAAUAGUUAGUGUGUCUGUGCACAGCUGCCGUUAGGAGACAAAGGAUCUGUGCUUUUAUAUUUGUAUCAAAUUUACAGUUUUACCACACUAUAGACGUUGGGGGAGUGACUGCACAUACAGUAGUUAGAAAAUGAUGGAGGAGGCUAGAGAGGGGUCACUUAGUGUGAGUGCCCAAACUAUCCGGGUGGCUGACGCCGUGAGAGACGGGGAUGCAUUGACCUUCAUAGUCAUAUCCCAGAAGUUGUCAGGCAGUGGGGAAUACCAUGUGGCUAGGACUCAUGAGGACUUUCAGUGGUUGCAGCAGUGUCUGUUCUCUCAGGAGGUGGUGCCUGGGAUACUGGGUGUCAUUUUUCCUCCUCUACCAGCCAAGCCUCAGUUGAAUGCACCAACCAAAGUUCUGAAACAACUUGGUUUCUUGGCCAUGGGGGAGGACUGGCGCAUGUACUGCAUGGCACUGGAGACCUAUCUCCACCAGGUGGCAGCACACACCACGCUCAGCAAGAACAAAUGCCUGGAGAACUUCCUCACUAGCUCAGAGCCCCCAGGUCGUCAGAGGGUGAGGAAGGGUAUCUUCAAUCGCCUGAGCCAGGCCAUGGAAGGGAUGAGGAAGGAGGGUCACAAGGAUGUGGAUGACUUUUUUCAGACUGAGCGUGAUAACAACUUAACUCUCACUGGGUGCUCCAAAUCAGCAACAGAGAGGUUCAUUGAUGUGGUGCUGACAGAACAAAAACUAGCAGUGGCUUGUGGACACUUCUCAACCGCUCUGCAUCUCUGUGUGGAGCAGGAAGAAGACUCGGCUGUCCUGGCCUUCUCAAAGAUAUGUGUCAAGCUGUCUGAGGUCAUAGAUUCAAUCAAGAGAAACUUUGAGAGUGUUGCUGAGAACAACUUGAGCACUCUGGGGCUGGGGCUGGAUCUGGAGUCUCGUUGCCAAGAGGCAGAGAAGGAGAUGCUGUACAGGAGGACCUGUAAGCUUGUGGAGCUAGAAACAGCCAGCAGGAAUGCAGAGAGAGCCAAGCCUGUAAAGAAAGCUGCUAUGGACGAAUUGAAAGUGGCAGCUGAGAAGGAGUUUGAUCAUGUAUCUGGAGUGGCUAAACAGGAGAUAGCAAGGUUCCACAGUACUCGUGUGGAGUUGUUACGCCAGGCUCUGAUUCUGUGGUGUGAGAAGCAGCUUGAAACAGCCAGGGACACCUCCUUCCGCUACAGCCAGCACUUACAGGCUUUCAAAGAGCUGGGGGAGUGACCACCACUGGCCAGACACACCCCCUCCCACGACCGCCACACACCCCUCUGACCCACCUGAACACAGUUUGACUGUCUGAGCACCUCACACUAACUAUGUCCAUGUAUUGUCUAUGUAUGCGUCAAACCCUGCUUCCAUUAAACUUGUAAAUGUAAGGAAAUCAGCAUAAUCCUUAUAGCAAUAAUAACCCAAUAGCUUUGUCUCUCUCUCACACAGUCACAUACUGUGUCCUCUCUCCAAACCCCUCUCACACUCAAACCCCCUCUACUUAGCAGAGGGUCCGAUUGUCUGUCAGUAUUGUGCAAUGGUGCAGUGUGUUUGUAACUUCUCAUUUGGUAAUGCAGAAAUUAGCCACCACAUAUGGACACUUUCUAAUGACAAGUACCUCAAAUAAGCAUAUUAUACUAAUAAAACAUCUUAAUUAUCUAUGUUACCCAACUAAUUCUGAUUCAUCCACGACAGCAGACAGUGAGGAGAGGAGAGUGUUCUGUGCAGCUCUCUAACCAUCGCCCCAUCAGUAGUAAGGGUCACACAAAAUAAAGCAUGAUGAACUGAUUGCCCAACUCUCUGGCUGCCUGUGUGUUUUUCUCACUCCAGGCUCAUUAAUCAGUGUGUUAGACUCCACACAAGGAUACUCUCUGUAUUCUGACUCUAGGACUGUUCCCUCUGCUCUUCCCUCUGUUUGGUUUAUAUGCUGAUUCAAUGACUGUUCUUCUGGUGCUUCCUCAACUAACUGUGGCUGGGCCCUAAGAUGAUCCUUCUAUUGCUGAAUGUGAGUGUACUCUAGGCUGUCCAAUUCAAAAAGACCACUAACCCUACCCCUUGGCACAUGUUUGGAUGUGUUAUGUAUAAGCAAUAUGGUAAUAGUUAUGGUAGGCUGGUAUUGCUUAAACUUCUUCAAUCCUCCCAAAUCUCCACAAGUGGUUGGGGGUCAAUUCUGGGAUUGGUCGAUCCUAUAACUGAUCUUUGUGCUGUUCUCUCCCCUGACUCUCCACUGUGGCUGAUCCCUGACUCUUCACUCUAUGCUGCGCCCUGUGUUGACUCUGUUGGCCAUAUCUAUGAGGAUGCUGCUGUGUCUUUGAGCUUGUUUGUCUUGGUCUGUAAUCUCUGAGUCGUGGGGAGGAGUAUGUCCCAUCACAGUAAUCAGGAAGAAAGGAGUAGAGCAGAAUGUGGUAAUCUGACAGUGAAGGAGUGUUUGGACACAGCAGAGAUGGUUUUGACAUCAGGCUACAUACUGCUGUAUUCACCCUGUUCUAGAGUCAAGAUAACCCAGCCGUAAAGCCCACUGCUGCUCUCAACUGCAUUGCAAUUCACCUAUCCCAUUUCAAAUACCUGUAUAUCCAUUUUACUUGCUUGUAAAUCUGCAUGCUCUGAUUUGUUGCAUGCAUUCAAGAUAGUUCCAAUCAGACAUGCUAUUGCAUUUAUCAGGAGUUGGCUGUAUGUUCUAACUAUGCAUGUUUUCUGUUGGCAUGUUUCCUCACUCUCCCUCUUCCUCUUCCUGUUUACUGGUGUUGCGGUUUUUGUUUACUGCAUGUGAUUAACUAUCAAGGCAAUUACAUGCAAUCCCCUGUUAGCCACUGCCAUAUGUUCCACUCAGUAAUCUAUACAGAGGUCACCGCAUCAUUGUGCUCGACAUGUGGAAUCAAUUCAAUCAGUCUGGAAUACAUUCUGUGCCUGAUGCUGUGAGCAGAAUUUAAUACAGAGCACUGUUCAUUUUGUAAAUCUUACCAAUAAUACAAUUAUGCUCAGAAAAUCAUAAUGUGAGAAUUCUGAGGUAUUUAAUAAACCAAUGCAUUUAACAAUUGAUUUGACAUCAGAUUUUUGUGAUGCUUUUUAACUGCUCUUAUCCCCAUGGCUUUGGUGCCAGUACCAAAUCAAUUUAAUCAAUAGCGAAACAUUUGGUUUAACAGGUUUUAUAAGAGACUGUAGUGCUCUAGUGGCUUAGUGUUAAGCACACAUUGGCUGUCAUUUGUUUUUUUUUAUUUUUUUAUAUAUAAGUACUUUAUCAUUCCUGCACUAAACAUAUAACAUGAUUCUAACACCUCUGAAUGUAUUCAAAGAUGCAUAACACUGCUGAAUACAACAAUUUUGAUUCUAAUGAAAUGGACAAUAAAGAUUUUUGAAGGUA